AUGGUUGCAAAAAGAAGCAUCUCCACAAUACUAAUGUUCCCAUAUAUUGCUCAUGGUCAUGUAUUCCCCUUCUUCGAGCUAGCCAAGAAACUCUCCAAGAAAAACUUCCACAUCUACUUUUGUUCCACCUCCGUCAAUCUCGACUCCGUCCGGCAACACUUGGAAAACCUCCCGUCAAACGACGGUUGCGAAAUCAACACCCUCUCGAUAGAGCUGGUCGAGCUUCGUCUGCCGGCCCCACCCGAGCUGCCUCCCAUCUACCACACGACGAAAAACGUACCGCCCCACCUCAUGCAAACCCUAAAGGCAGCCUUCCAUGCGUCGAGCUCGAUUUUUUCCGACAUACUCGCAAUGCUUAACCCCGACUUGCUCAUAUUCGACUUGCUACAACCAUGGUCCGCAAGGCUCGCCACAUCGAAGGACAUUCCCUCCGUCUAUUUCCUCACGUCCGGCUCGGCCGGACUCUCGUUCGACCACCACCUCUUCUCAUAUGGGAAGUUCGACAAUUUCCCAUUCUUACCCUCCAUAUGCCUCAAGGACUACGAGUUGAAGGCCUCGAUCGAGUCCGCCAAAGAAUUCCCCCAAGACGUGGCCUUGGCCGAUGAUGAGGACGGGUUUAUGUUCGGAGUCUUCCGAUUAUCCCACGACAUCGUAAUAGCCAAGACGUGUAGAGCGAUCGAGAGCAAGUACAUGGACUAUCUCUCGUCCCUUUGCCGAAAGAAAAUCGUGCCCACGGGCCCACUCGUCACGGUGCCCGAUUCUAUCUCGGAGCCCAUCAUCGAGUGGCUCGACAUGAAAGAACCGUCCUCGACUCUCUACAUCUCGUUCGGGAGUGAAAGCUACCUCUCGGGGGACCAAAUGCGCCAGCUGGCGAAAGGACUCGAGCUGGCCCGGGUCGACUUCAUAUGGGUCGUCCGAUCGCCUGUCGGAAUGGAGGAUCACCCGGCCGACAAUGAGCUCCCCGAGGGGUUCGUCGAGCGCUCGACGGUGACCAGAAGAGGGAUGAUCCUUCGGGAUUGGGCCCCACAGGCGGAGAUACUCGCGCACCCGAGCGUCGGGGGUUUCGUGAGCCACUGCGGAUGGAGCUCGGUUAUAGAGAGCAUAUACUUUGGGGUCCCAGUUUUGGGGGUCCCGCUCAAGUACGACCAACCACUCAACUGCCGGUUGGUGGUGGAGGCGGGGGUCGGGGUGGAGGUGGGGAGGGGCGAGAACGGGGAGUUUGACGGGGAAAAAGUGGCGAGAGCUAUAGAAGAAGUUGUUUUUGGUGGGGAGGGGUUUAGGGUUAGGGUGAGGGAGCUAAGCAAGAAGAUGAGGAUGGAGGAGGACGAGGGCGAUGAGGUGGCAGAUGAGCUCAGGAAGUUGAUCAUUCGUUCGAACAUGAAAUCGAGCGCGGCCGUUUAA